GCCAUACAAAUAACUUUUGCUGUUUAUACAGCUUUCUUGAUGAAGCGGCAUAAGAAACAAAACAGCAUUUAUUUGGUGUUAUCAUUAGAAUCUUAAACAGCUACUUAUACAGGUAGUGUACCAUAUUUACAAGCAAAAGAACAGAUCGUCUCUGAAGCAGGAGUUUGAACUCAAAUUUGGAUCUACUGGAUUACCCUGAACAUACUGUCAGUGUGGUUUUAAGGACAGCCGUUGCCACUCCUGAUAUCAGGAGCCAUGUCUCUAAAUCGUUUUGGGGGUAUAAUUAUAUUCUCAUUACACCUGAUUCUAUUCACAUCCCAUUGCGAUGGGGGAAACAUACUAGUCUUCCCUGUGGAUGGCAGCCACUGGAUUAAUAUGAAGAUCCUGCUAGAAGAACUUCAUGCCAGGGGACACAACAUCAGUGUGAUCAGGGCCUCCACAAGCUGGUACAUCCCAGAAAAAUCCCCCCUCUACACAACCAUCACGAUUGAAAUGGACGAAGGUCAAGAAAACUUUUUUGACAUAUACCUACAGGAGCAUAUGAGGGCACAACGAGAAGGCGCUUCACUGAUGACUUACUUGAAGCUCACUAAGAAUUCCCUUUCCAUGAUUACCAAAGCCCAUUUGGUGUGGUGUGAUGCUACAGCUAAGAUUUUUCAGAAUCAGAAUUUGGUUAAAAGCUUAAAAGAUUCCCAAUAUGAUUUGGUUCUUGCUGAUCCAGCCAUGGGUUCAGGGCCUUUGUUAGCUAAAUAUCUUAAACUGCCUUUAGUCCUUAAUGUCCGCUGGAUAACUAGUGGAGAAGGUCACUUUGUGUUGGCUCCUUCACCCCUUUCCUACAUCCCAGUACCUGGAUCUGGCUUAACAGACAAAAUGAAUUUCAUCCAAAGGCUGAAAAACCUGUUUUUCUAUAGCAUCAUAUUGUUCCAGGAGUUUCUCGUGGGACCUAUCUAUGCUGAUAUGUGUGAUAAAUAUAUAGAGGGUGGAUGUGACAUUAUCUCACUGCUUCAAGAUGCAGACAUCUGGCUCUUCAGGUCAGAUUUUGUCUUUGAAUUCCCUCGGCCAACAAUGCCAAACAUUGUCUACAUUGGAGGGUUCCAGUGCAAGCCUGCACAGCCUCUGCCAGCGGACCUGGAGGAGUUUGUUCAGAGUGCAGGAGAACAUGGGGUCAUCAUUAUGACUCUGGGAACUUUGGUAAACGCAUUACCCAAAGAGGUUGCAGAUGAAAUUGCCAGUGUUUUUGCCAAGAUGCCCCAAAAGGUGAUCUGGAGGCACAGGGGAGACCGUCCCUCUACUCUGGGCAACAACACUCUAAUAGUGGACUGGAUGCCACAGAAGGAUCUUCUUGGCCACCCACAGAUCAAAGUCUUUGUAGCUCACGGAGGAACAAAUGGAGUCCAGGAAGCCAUUUACUAUGGAGUACCUGUGCUUGGCAUACCCUUGUUCUUUGACCAGUAUGACAACCUUCUACGUUUGCAGGAAAGAGGAGCUGCAAAGAUUAUUCAGCUUCAUGAAGUUAGUGGCCACACCUUUGAAGGAGGUCUUAAGGAAGUGCUCUAUAAAGACAGCUACAGGCAGAACAUGCAAAGACUGUCCCAUUUACACAGAGAUCAGCCAGUGCCACCCAUGGAUCAGGCCACUUUCUGGGUAGAGUAUGUGAUGCGCCACAAAGGGGCCCCUCACCUACGUACACAGGCUUACAAGAUGCCUUGGUACUCAUACCAUUCCUUGGACGUACUAGUUUUUUUGAUGACUGUUGCAAUGGUCUUCCUCUUGUCUGUUUUUGCUAUUACAAGAUUUCUAUGCUGCACAAGGAAGAAAUCCAAAACCAAACAAAGUUAACUUCUGUCAAUCUUGUUUAGAUGUAUAGCAGUCGUACAAAUUUACUUUUCCAAGAAAAAUGUAUAUAAAUCUUUUUUUUUUUCUUUUUACAAUAUCCCCAGGGGUAGACAAUGUAAAUUAUAUUUUUUAAAUACAAAUGCACUUAUCAGGGGUGAGGGAUUAAGUUGUCUCUCAUCACUAGUGUUUACUCCUAUGUACCUCCAGUCACAUAGUCAAAGGUUCAAGGGCAAUCUUAACAGUUUAGUAGGAGUAAUCUACUGAUAUUGUCCGUCAGGGGCGAUUCUAGGAUCUGACCUUUAGGGGUGCUCAGCCCCCAGUGUUUACUGUGAUUCCUGGCAUGAACAACAGGCUUUCCAUUUUUAGUCUAGAUGUAAGAUUCUUAGAGUUGACACACUUUUCAGCUAAAGCAAUUGGCCCCUGAUGGGAGACUGCAGUCUAACGCUUUAAAAUCACCCCACAAUCACCUUAAUGUUACUGCCUACUUGCACACUAUCGUCUCAGAAUAUCUAAAUGCACAUUGCUGUAAACAAGACCUCAAUCAUCGUUGUUCAAUAAGCACCUUACUACCUUAUUAUCUGUUAUUUGAGACUUUCCUGAACACAAAAAAUUAUUUAACCCUCAGUCAACGCCUGUUUGUUUGUCAGUUCUUGCCUUCCUUAUGUGUAAUCUGAAACGGUAGCCAAAAAGAAUUUUUGCCACGCAGUGACACUAGAAUACUUUUGACUUUGACUUUUUCUUACCUCAUUAUCUGUUAUCUGUGACUCAUGAAGAACAACUAGGUCAUACAACUUUUGAGUCAUCCUUUUAUUUUUGAAUAUCUCUUGAACACUAAGGAAAAACAACAACAUUGUAACCCUUGUUCAUUGCCUGUUUCUUUGUCUGGUUGCCUUCAUUAUGUGUACUCUGAACCGGAGUGCCCAAAGACAAGUUUCGCCAUGGUAACACACAGUGACAAUAAAGACUCUUUGGAUCUUUAAAUCUGCUUGCUCCUGAAAAGGCUUCCUGCUUGCACCAGGUCUUUGUAAAUAAACUCUUUAUACCCAA